UGAGAGGACGGGCCCAGUCCAGAACACCUCAUCGUCGCCAACUUGCUCUGAUACCCAACUUGUCAUUGUGUCUCCUUUUCUCUCCAACUUCCUCACCCAAACUUCUUCACCAUCCAGUAGACAGCUGUGUCCCAACAUCGCCUUUUGUCGAUAGACCCAUUUCCUUCUUCUUGUUCUCGUUGAUCUCGAUAAAACUAGUCCACCAUGGAUCGUAUCAAGGAGAAAAUGAACCAGCUUCGCCUGGAGGCCGACGAGUCCGCCGCCAAGCUUGAGGAGAUGCAGACCAAGAUGAAGUCGCUGGAGCAGGACAACCUGGCCAAGGAGCAGGAGAUCACCUCCCUGUCGCACAGAAACGGUCUGCUCGAGGCCGAGAACGAGAAGCUCGACACUGCCAUCAAGGACUUCAAGAAGGCCGCAGAGGAUGGUCAGGGCCACUCUACCACCAACGAGGCCCUCACCCGCCGCCUCCAGCUGCUCGAGGAGGAGGCUGAGGAGGCUGACAAGACUCUCCGCGAGGCCAACGAGAAACUCCGACAAACCGACGUUAAGGCGGGCCACUUCGAGCGAAAAGUUCAGGCCCUCGAGGCCGAGCGAGACCAGUGGGAGGGCAAAUACGAGGAGAUGGCUAAGAAGUACGCCGAUAUCAAGAAGGAGCUGGAGGAGUUCCAGGCAGAGAUUGGCAAUAUCUGAGGAAGACCGUGUACAGAGGGGAACAAAGGAUGUUGGCAUGGCAAGAAGGUUCUUGCGAUUCUAUAACAGGUCUUGUCUCUUAGGAGACGAGUGCCUGACGGACCGUCUCGUCUGCGCAUUCCUCUACUGUCGACCAGUCUUAACUUUGUGGAAAGGAGCAUCCUUGGUGGUGGCAUUGUUGCGAUUCGAGUUGUUCUCGCGAUUGCAGCACUUUUUAGAAGGCGGUCAGACCUAUGAUUACAGCAGCACAUUUCGAGAAUGAAAUUUGUUGAUGCUUCACCG